AUGGUGACAUCAAGAACAUGUUGCAUGCAUGAAUGGCAGACAACAAGACGCAGUAUUAGCCUGUUAGCCUUGGGUUUGGUUCAACGCCAAAAGAACUCUGCUCAUCAUUCCAGUAUCAAGCGCACUCCAUUCAGAGCAUUGUUUGGCACUGAUCCUGGGGUGGGUCUGGCGUCAUCGAGUCUUCCUCUAGAGGUUCUUGAAAGAUUACAGUCAGAAGAUGACUUGCUCGCCCUCUUUGCUAUCCCUUCAGAAGACGAAGUUCUUGCUCAAGAUUCCCAGCCUCCACCAGCAUCUGCAGAACCAGGCCCCGCCUCUUAUGUGAGAAAACAGAACAGAGGAAGAGGGCCAGGGAGGCACAACUCCCCCAAGCUGAACGCAUGCGUAACGCAGCCGGAAAGACGUCAAGGCAAGGGAAGAAGGGGACAACUUUGCCCAUCCCCAUCAUCUGUGAUUGUGCUGCAAGUAAGAAGUGUUGUACUAGCAGAGCCAUACUACGAUGCUGGAAAGCACAAGAACCCUCACCCUUUGCCAAACUUCUUCUUGGAGAAAAAUAUGCUUUCCUUCUUUCUCCGGAUUAUGAAACAGAAAUGUGGGAGCUAUGUGUGUGUGCAACUUCUGCAGACCCUCAAUAUCCUGUUUGAAAAUAUUAGAAAUGAGACUUCACUAUAUUACCUGCUCUCCAACAACCAUGUUAACUCCAUCAUUGUCCAUAAAUUUGACUUCAGCGAUGAGGAGGUGAUGGCAUAUUAUAUAUCAUUCCUCAAGACACUUUCUCUGAAGCUCAAUGCUCACACCAUACACUUUUUCUAUAAUGAACACACAAAUGACUUCCCUUUGUAUACAGAAGCUAUCAAGUUUUUCAACCACCCUGAAAGUAUGGUGCGGAUUGCUGUGCGCACACUAACCUUAAACGUUUAUCGUGUCAAUGAUCAGUCCAUGCUUCAGUUUAUAAGGGAUAGAACAGCAGCUCCGUACUUCUCCAAUCUUGUCUGGUUCAUAGGAAACCACAUACUAGAGUUAGAAAAUUGUGUCCGCAGUGAUGUCGACCACAACAGUCGAGGGCGUCUGGCUGACCUGGUAGCAGAACACCUAGACCACCUUCACUAUCUCAAUGAUAUCCUGAGACUGGAUAUUACAGCCUUAAAUGUUGUCUUAGCAGAUCACUUGCUAAAUCGACUACUUGUACCACUGCUAGUAUAUUCUCUUAAUCCAAGGCAGGAAAAGGAUGACCGACCGAGAGUGAGCAGUGUUGUGUCGUUAUUCCUGCUGGCUCAGGUGUUCCUCAUAGUAUCACAUGCGCCACUGGUCAGAGCCUUGGCCAAGAUAAUAUUCCAUGCGGACAAUUCCAUAUUCUCUGAGGAUACCAUUGUCCUCCAGGAAUUGAACAUAGAAAGAGAAGCAGACAGGAGGUUACUCACUGAAAAUAUUUCCAAGGGCCAGCGGUUAGUUCGAAGAGGCUUCAUAGCACCAGAGGAACCUUUAGAAAAGUCCCUGCAAGCAAGAACGUCUAGUGGAAGUGGCAGCAGUUCUACUCAUAGUCCCAGUGGCCGUAUAGAAGGAGCCUCAGGCAGUGAAGGAGGCUCUGCUGGAGAGGGACAGGAUGCUGUAGCUGCAGCUGCCGACCAAGAUGCUGAAGAAGCAGCACUCUGUAGAGAAUUAGGUGUAUCUUCACCUACAGCUGAGAUUAUGGCAUGUAUUGGGAUCUCUGAUCUUGAAGCAACACAUGUAAAUAUUACAGAUGAAGAGAAGGAGCAGCUAAGGGCAUCAGAUCAAGCUGGAGCCAGUGCAGGGGAAUCUCAGCCAAAAGAGCGACCUGUGACAUCACGACCUUUUCUCCAGUCCAUAUUUUCAUCUCUAGAUUGUUCUGGAGAUGAUUACUCAGCACUUUUUGGCCUGUCACUCCUCUAUGCACUUGGACACAAUCCAGGCAUCAACCAAGAUCUGCUAGAUAUGUCACUGGUCCCUGGAGAGGCACCUGAGCCCAAGUCAGUGUACAACACUCAGCUGGUGGACAAAAUGCUGGAGAUCAUCACACUUAGCUGCCAGUACAAUUCUCGUGUGCGAGUUGCCACCUUGGAGAUGUCUCUAUUGGUUUUAAAACAGUUAAUUGGAGUAGGCUCUAGCAAUCGGAGAAAACACAUGAGUUUCCUCCGUGACCAUCACUUAGCAACGCUUGAGGGAGCAAGAGAAGAAGCCACACUUAUGCUGAGAAACUUUUAUAAGACUGAAGAGAUCUUCCUAGACAUGUUUGAAGAUGAGUGGCAUGAAAUGCAUAGAAGGCCCUUGAAUGUUGAGUACCUGUUGCAGGAUGCAUCUGUGCUUCUACCCCCUGCUGGAACACCUCUUACUGGUAUUGACUUCAACAAGAGACUACCCUGUGGGGAGGUUGAACGGGCACGAAGAGCAAUGCGGGUCUUCUUUUUAGUGCGUGAAAUGAGUCUAGCUGUGCGCGAUGAGCCAGACACCCAUCUUCCACUAACAAAUCCUGCUGCUUGUGUCCAAGUGGCUGAUGUUCUGGACCUAAAUAACAGUGACCUUAUUGCAUGUGUGGUUAUUCCACGUGAUGGACAGCGCUCAAGGCGAUUCCUAGUCAUAGAUGUCAUCCAGCUAAUCCUGGUAGAGCCUGACACCAGACGUUUAGGAUGGGGUGUUGCCAAAUUUGUCGGAUUUCUGCAAGAUCUAGAGGUAAUGGGAGAUAAAGAUGACUCCAGAGUUCUUCACUUGACUAUCCAUCGGCCAUCAGCCUCCUCUGGGGCUACUGGACGACCUACAACACCUCUCCUGGCUGCUAAGUUUAUUUUUGAUGACCACAUAAGAUGUAUGGCAGCUAAACAAAGGUACUUACAAUAG